AUGCCUCCUAAAAAUGUGCCAGCUGCUGCAGCUACUGCUACUAAUGAAAGCUCAAGUUUGUUGGAAACCUAUAGGCAACAACGAACGACCACAGAGGCUAAUAUUUUAAAGAUUAAAUCCAAUCUUGAGAAAAAGAGGGGCACUCUUUCAGGAUUAGAUAUAGAGGGUUGGUUAGAGCUGGUUAAUUCAUAUAUAAAGAAUUUAAUGACAUUCCAGACGGACAUUGAAAGGUUAGACCCUACCGAUGACAAACGCGGUGACUUGGAAAAACUUUGUAUAAGUACAAAUUCCUUGUUAAAAUCAAUGUUGGGCGGUACUAGGCGUGAAAGUUUUGCCAACCAGACCCUCGGUGGUUUCACCACAAAUCCGCAUAGACUUCCUGCCUUGAAAAUUCCGAAGUUUAGUGGAAAAUAUGCGGAAUAUAAAAAUUUCAUUUCGUCUUUCAACAGUUUAGUACAUAACGAAAGCAACAUAACGAAAGCAACUAUAGAGAAAUUUAACCACCUCAUAGCUUGUCUUACAGAUGAUGCACUUAGGACGGUAAAGGCCUUCCAGGUAACAGAGGAAAAUUACCAGAGUGCUUUAGACAGGCUAGCAGACCGGUUUGACAAUAAGUGUUUGAUUUUUCAAGACCAUAUCAAUGCACUUUUCAAUAUGGAAAAAAUUGUCAAACCGAGUGCUGCGGCUCUUCGUCAAGUAGUUGACAAUGUAUCGGCUAUUCUUGAUUCAUUGUCUCAUCUGGGUUCAGACAAGGACAUAAUGCAUGCCCUGGUCAUUCACUUGGUUAUGUCAAAAGUUGACAAUACCUCUAGGACCAAAUGGGACGAGGGGCAAGAUUUGAAAGAGUUGCCCAAGUGGGAUGCAUGUGCGUCUGUUCUCAUUCGCAGAUGCCAAUUUUUAGAGUUGAAUGAUGAUAAAAAAGGCAGUCAAGAAGUCACGAGUAACGUACAUAAGAAUGAGAAACGUAAUACUCGAUCGUCGUUUUCUUGCACUCGGGCUAAAACCGAAGGUUGUUUAUAUUGUUCAAAAAAUGGACACACUUUGGAAAAUUGUAGGGAAUUUUGCGCUUUACCAGUGCCACGAAGAUUUUCCCAUGUCAAAAAAUCAGGUAUUUGCAUAAAUUGUCUAAAAAAGGGACACAUGGUGUCAAGGUGUAAUGGGCCCAAAUGUAAAAUUUGUAGUAGAGCACAUCAUGAGCUUUUGCAUCGGUAUGAAGCUAGUCAGCCUAGUUUGCAUGCAAACAGUGCUCCUCAAUCCGUUGUUCAAAAUGGACAACAAGAUAUGGGAAAUAAUAGAAACACAAAUAGAGGUGAUUAUGUUUCUGCAAAUGAUGGACCACACUGCAGUCAUGCUGCAGCAAACUCAGUAGCGCCUGUCUUAUCGCAUUCUAUUGUCGGCAAUGCCCAGAGUAUGCAUAUGAGUUUGCACUCCCACCAAAUGGUUCUUGCCACUGCUGUGGUUUUAGUAAAGAACAAAUUCAGUCAGUAUUACCUAGCUAGAGCUUUGUUAGAUUCGUGUUCGCAAGUUAAUUUAAUGACUGAAGAUUUUGCUCAGAAAUUAAAUUUGAAACGAGAACGUUGUUCUCUUAAUAUAAUUGGUGUUGGUGGUACAAAUACCCCAGUUAAACACAAAAUAGGCACUUUUGUGAAAUCAAGAGUUGCCAACUUUGAAUUUUUUGUAGAUUUCUGUGUUGUACAUACAGUCUCGGGUAAUCAGCCUGAAUAUGCUAUUUCGAGAGAUAAGUUCUCUAUUCCAUCGAAUAUUCAGCUAGCUGACCCUUCCUUUGAUAGACCUGAAAAAAUAGAUUUGUUGUUGGGAUGUGAAUACUUUUUGGACCUUUUAUCGGUGGGUCAAAUAAAGUUAGGUCCAUCAUUGCCUACCCUACAAAAAACGCUGUUAGGGUGGAUAGUUUCUGGGAAGUGCGAAAGUGACUCCCCGGAAAAUGUUUCGAAAAUUUGUAACGUAGUUACUGAAAGUCAUUAUUCGGAUGACACUUUGGAUUCGGUAGUUCGCCGGUUCUGGGAACUAGAAGAGAUUCCUCAGCGCUCUCUUUUAACGGAGGAGCAGAAAAAUUGUGAGGAGCACUAUAAUGCAAAUACCCUCCGAUUGCCAAAUGGUAGAUUUCAAGUAAAAUUACCAUUUAAGUCAAACCCGUCCAAAUUGGGGUUAUCGUAUGACACGGCUCGGAGAAGAUUUUUAGCCCUUGAGCGCAAGUUAGGUAAAAAUCUAAACAUUAAAGAGAUGUAUAAUGAAUUUAUGAGGGAAUAUUUGCAUCUUGGACAUAUGUCCCCAGUAAAUGAUGAGGUCUUGUUUGGACCUCAUUAUGUAAUUCCCCAUCAGUGUGUGUUGAGGCCCCACAGUUCAACUACGAAGUUGAGAGUGGUGUUCGAUGCUUCAUGUAAGACCUCCACACAAAUCUCUUUAAAUGAUAUUCUGAUGGUAGGACCCACAAUACAAAGCGAUCUGUUUUCCACUCUUUUGAGAUUUCGCCUUCACAGAUACGCUAUAACCGCCAAUGUCACAAAAAUGUACCGACAGGUAUUGGUCCAUGAAAGUGAUGCCAAGUUUCAACUUGUUCUAUGGCGCGAAAGUAUUGAGCAACCGAUUCAAAUAUAUAAGUUGAAUACGGUGACGUAUGGUACGUCUUCGGCUCCUUUUGCAGCGGUUAGAUGUUUAAAGGAAAUAGGUACACUUUUUGAGUCUGUGUAUCCUUUGGGGUCCUCCACGAUUAUAAAUGAUUUUUACGUUGACGAUUUAUUAUCAGGCGCUGAUAAUUUUGAGGAAUUGGAAAAGUUACGUUUCGAAGUAACUGAAAUUUUGAAAUCAUGUGGUUUUGAUUUAGCGAAGUGGUUCUCCAACCACCCUUCGUAUACCGAUGGAUUAUCGGAGAUGAAUCUUGACUUCGACGAUUGGGAUGUCAGAAGAGCUCUUGGACUUAUUUGGAGUACCGGGAGAGAUUUAUUUACAUUUAAGUUGGAGGACAAUUUUGGUCACUUGCCAACUACAAAGCGAAAUAUUUUGUCGAUUUCGUCCAGACUUUUUGACCCUUUGGGACUGUUAUCUCCGAUAAUAAUAAGAGCUAAAAUUCUUCUACAAGAAUUGUGGAAAAGAAAGCUCGACUGGGAUGAAUCUGUGCCCCAGUCUGUAGACACCACAUGGUCACAGAUAAAGAAUUCUUUAGCAGAUAGCCAUAAAAUAGUUAUACCACGGUUUGUAGACUCAUGUUCUACAGUCAAUUGUGAAGUGCAUGGUUUUUCGGAUGCUUCUAAUAAUGCAUAUGGUUGUUGCAUUUAUAUAAGAACCGAGCACCCUGACGGUAUAACGUGUAGAUUGUUGACAGCUAAAUCUAAAGUUGCCCCAUUAAAAGUAAAGUCACUGCCACGACUUGAACUUUGUGCUGCACAUCUACUGGCGAAGCUUUGGCGUACUGUAAAACCUCUGCUACCACAUUUCAUUAAAAAUGUAAUGUUUUGGUCAGAUUCCGAGAUAGUUCUGCAUUGGUUGCAAAGCCAUCCGUCAUCACUAUCCACAUUUGUUGGAAAUCGAAUAAGUGAAAUCCAAGAAUGGACAGAUGCUCGUUUUUGGCAGCAUGUGCCUUCUAAAGAUAAUCCUGCUGACAUUGUGUCACGUGGGAGUGAUGUUGAUGGUUUGACGGAAUCUAUUUGGUUUACAGGCCCAAGUUUUUUGUACCUUCCGCCAGAUAAAUGGCCAAAAAAUUUACAUUUUGAUUUAACCCCUGAGUUAGCAUCCUUAGAGAAGAGAAAAUCAAAAAUUGCCAUGGUGGUAACUGAAACAGUUGAAAAUGGUUUGAUACAGUUUCUGAAUCGUUUCUCUUCAUACACGAAAAUUUUGAGAGUGUUCGCUUAUGUGCUGAGAGCAAUAAGGAAAUUUAAAGGGAAGAGUUUUAAUCAAAGUCAGGUUACAUUAUCUGUUAAAGAGUUAAAUUCCUCAUUUCUAAAAAUUGCUGAGCUGUUACAGAAAUAUGAAUUUUCUGAUGAAUUGAAAUUAAUUCGAAAGGGACUUGUUCCAAAAUCUUAUAUUCGCUCUUUGAGUCCGUUUAUUCAAGAAUAUGAAAAACACGGUGUUUCGUUCAAUUUGCUUCGCGUAGGUGGACGCUUGUUGAAUGCUCCUAUAAAGGAGGAUACGAAAUAUCCAUUGCUUCUGGGGAAAGGCUCGCAUUUUGUGAAAGUGUAUUUGGAACACUUACAUAAAACUAACUCUCAUGCUGGCCCAAAAAUGCUAGUUGCUCUUAUGAGAGAGAGAGUUUGGUGCGGUGACAUCACUGUCGUCAACAGAGAAACCAGGGAUGAGCGGACGCUGACAUUGGCUUCGGUUUAUAUGCCGUAUGAGGCAGCAGAUCCACCAGGCAACGAGGUGCUGGAGCUAACGGCGUAUGCAAAAAGGAGAGGUGCUAUCCUGGUGAUGGGAUGUGAUGCAAAUGCUCAUGAUAGUCAGUGGGGCAGUGCUGAUAUUAAUAAAAGAGAGCUCCUCACUUCGGGGGCUGUGGGAGGCUGCUGUGAAAAGUGCCAAGCACCACUUGCUAAGAACCGUCGGAAGCGCUGGACUGACUCUCGAAGAGCUAGAUACCGUUCUAGUGAACGUAGAGGCAAUGCUGAACUCCCGACCACUAGCACCGCUGUCGAGCGACCCGUGCGACGGGGCCACUUGAUAAUAGGGUCCUCUAUCAAGGCACUGCCCGAUCCCAGCUCGACGACAGGCAAGCUCAACUGCUUGAAGCGGUUUCGAGCGCUAUCGUGCCUGAAGGAACGUUUCUGGUCUGCAUGGCAAACGGACUACGUGCUCCAGCAGCAACAGAAGGUGAAGUGGGACAAAGCAGAAAAAAACGUCGAGGUCGGAACCGUCGUAACCGUACACGACGACAAUCUUCCACCGCAAACGUGGCUACUGGGCAGAGUUGUUGCUGUAGAAACGGGCACGGACGGCAAGAGUCGGGUUGUUCAGGUCAAAACCAAAAACGGCGUUUUUAGAAGGCCCAUUCAUAAACUUGCUCCCUUACCAGUGCUGGAUGAAAAUGAAUUGUCGUGCUAA